AUGCAAAGCUCUAAACACAAUUUAAUCGUGAAUGUGAAUCAUGCCUUAGGUGCGUGUGAGCUUAGGUCGAGUUGCCUCCUCCUGGAAUUACCCCGUCCCCUUCCCCUGCCACCAUGCGGAAACUUAUUCUCCUCAAAGCUGCUAGAACCUGAUCCCCUACUUCCAGUCUCAUGCGCUUUGAUGUAA